AUGAUGAGGGAACAUGGAUGUUCAAAAUCAAGAGCAGAGAUUGAAGCUGAAGCAGAGGAGUUAUGUUCAUUGUGGGAAGCACAAAUCGGAGAUGUGCAAUGGCAUCCAUUUAAAAUCCUUGAGUCUGAUGGACCACCAAAGAGAAUUGUGGUAAAGGACGAUGAGAAGGUGCUAAAGCUGAAAUAUGACUAUGGUGAAAGAGUUUGUGAUGAAGUGGUAAGAGCAAAAGAGGAGAUAGAGGAUCACAAUGCAAGUGGUAGCUUUGUGACUUUGGAACUAUGA